AGCAUUUGGGCCACAGAAUUCUGUGAUUUGGGCUAAGGUUAAUUGGAAUUUUUGCGAAAUAUUAAGUCAACAGUAUGAAUAUUGUUAUAAAAGUAGUGUUAUUUCUUGUACACACAUCAUUUAUUUCUUUAGCAGGUUCUAGACAAAAACACAAAAGAUGAUACGUAAACAGUUGUUGCUGCGUUAUGGCUUUUGGUGUAUACUGUCAUGGCGACUUCUAGAGGUAGCUCGAUGUCUGUGCAAAGGAGGAUACGGUGCUGACCGUCCGUCGUUUCAUGCUGGCCUCCAGAGUUCAUUAUGCUUAUCCAUCAUUAUUCAGUGUACACAUGAGUCUACCGGUCGAAGACGAAGACGUAAAUAUGCUGUCUUCCUCUCCUUACCCAUCCACUGUUCAUGAGUGGACAAAAGCAAUUCGUCGCCCAACCUCUUAUCGUGUGGGUAACGCACGGUUUCACCUAAAGCCCAAAGUUGUUUUAUAUGCAGUUUUGCUGUCAGUGUCUGUGUUAGUGCUCUUGUUUAUGUUUAUGCCAAAAACGACCCCUAUUGUGAAGUGCGAUGCGGAGCAACAAUUAUCAAAUUAUGAUCCCACAUAUCCACUAACAAAUCCACAAAGAAUAGCAGGCAGUAUCGUUUACACAAUCGGUCUUAUCACAGACCUUGACACCAACUCCAAAAGUAAAGAAAAGAAAAGUACAUGGUUGAGUUAUUAUAGAAAAGGAAAUUUGACACUGUCGGAGAGUCGCACAUAUGUAAAUGUAAAGCUUGGUUCUCCGAAAGUUCUUUUCUCCAACAUCGCAUCGGGGGACCGAGGUAUGGAGCUGUCAGAACUAGUGGUCUUCAAUGGAAAACUCUACACUGUUGAUGACCGCACUGGAAUUGUUUAUGAAGUUUCAGGCCAGCAAGUAAUCCCAUGGGUUAUUUUGGCUGAUGGAAAUGGAAAGGCAAACAAAGGAUUCAAAUGUGAAUGGGCUACUGUGAAGGACCACCGCUUGUAUGUUGGUGGCUUGGGAAAGGAGUGGACAACUGGAACUGGAGAGGUGGUCAACCUGAACCCUCAGUGGGUCAAGUCGAUUGGACGUGAUGGUGAUGUGAAGCACCUGGAUUGGCAUGAAAGAUAUAAUGCCCUGAGGGAAAAAACUGGAAUGCUCUUACCUGGGUAUAUCAUACAUGAAUCAGGUGUAUGGAGUGAUGUUCACAAGAAAUGGUUUUUCCUUCCCCGUCGAGCAAGUACAGAGACAUACGAUGAAGUAAAAGAUGAAAAAAGAGCUACAAAUUUAAUGUUCAUCGCCGAUGAAGAUUUUACAAGUGUUGAGAUUAAGAAGAUUGGGUCACUGAACCCUACUCAUGGGUUUUCAUCCUUCAAAUUCAUUCCUGGUACUGAGGACAGUAUUAUUGUUGCCCUUAAGAGUGAGGAGGAUAAUGGAAAAAUUGCCUCUUACAUUCUUGCUUUUGAUAUAAAUGGGAACACUCUGAUGCCCGAAAAGAAAAUUGGUGAUGUUAAAUAUGAAGGUAUAGAAUUUGUAUGAUAUGAAAGGUUUUUUAAAUUGUGUACUGUGUGUGAAAUGUUUUUGUUAUUUUUUAUGUAGUUUUUUUUUUACUAGGACGAGUGCUGACUUGAUGCUAAAUGAGUUGGGAGUCUUUUAUUCCUUGUUGUAACUGUCAUGAAGGAAAAACUAUUUCUCAUAUUUUCAUCACAGACUUGUUUUUAAGCAUAGUAUUCACCAGUGGCUUGUUACAAAAAUGCAUGCUGAUGUGUAUUAAGAUUAAGUGUCAGAACACCUUGCAAAUAGUAUGAUGUUCUCAAAGAUGAAUUAUCUAUUUUGUCAUUUUAUGUGAUGCUCGAAUAAGUGCUGUACUUCAUAUCAUUAUUGCUUGCAAAAUGUUAUGUACGAAUACAAUGUGUUCAUUCGCCAUGUUCUUGACCAUGACAUAAUUGUUUUAGCAACUAGUUUGCAUAAGUUCAUCCCUUUUUUUAAGGAGGGAAAUUGUGGGAGUCUUUUUGAGAGAGACUGAAAAUAGUUAAUCAUUCAUUUUAUCCAUCUUGUGUUACAUAUGAAUACUAUAAUGUGUUCUUAAUUUUCUUUUUAAUGGGUGAGGAGAGUAUUAUCAUUGGAUCCUGCUCUUUUUCUUUAUUUGUUGUUUGUCUUUUCUCUUUCCUGCCACCUAAAAUGGUGAUUCCUGUGACCACAUGCUUCUCUUGACGCAAACCCCACUUAACUGGAUGAGGUAGAGAGCAACAUCCCUUCUCAGCCCUUUGAAGUGUUGGAAAUGCUAUGUGAAGUACCUAUAGCAUGAGGGCUGUUUUAGAAAUUUAUGCACCAUUCUCACCCUUCUACCAUUUUAUCUAAGGAUAACAUACACACACACCCGCACACACACAAGAUUUUAAAAAGAAAGAAAAAA